AUGCAAGAGGCACAGGGACGUGAGAUAAAUCAGACAAAGUGGACGCGUAAAAUAAAAUCGGACAGCGUGGACCCGCUCAUACUUGGAGCAGUGAACGAAGCGGCGGGCAGCACAGCAAUGUUAUGCAGACAUGACAAGGCGAGAGAAGAAGCCAUAGGAGUGGAAAGCGAGCAUAGAAAAGAAGAUAAGCUUGUUAAAUUUCCACAAAUCCCUCAUAGAACGCAUUUUGGCCGACAAUCGAUUAGAAAGUGUUACUCAGGUUCAAAGUGCGAAGGAACAAGCAGUGUUGAACCACUAGGUUUGCAAAGAGCACGGGAACCAGCUUUACACUACGUGGUAUGA